UUGAGCUUUUCUGUAAGCUGAUGGAGUCACAGUCAGUUUGUAUGACAGUGUAAAUUUGCUGUUCCCUCAAAAUAACUCGACACACACUCAACGUCUAAACUGCUGGUAAUGAAGCAGCUGAUGAGAGAACGGCAGCAGAUGGCCAGUCGUCCCUUCGCUUCGGUUGCCAUGGUGCUGGAGGUGGGCGGCGACCAAGAGGAGCUGCAACAGUGUGAUGCUGUCGGAGCUCUGGUGAAGCUAGCAGCACAUUGUCUGAAAAACAGACCAUCAUCCUCCCACCACUUCCUGUUGUCUUUUUCAUUGUUUCCACCAGUAGUAACAUCAGAUUGCUGAUCACGUGAUGGGUGUGAUGUGAAAAAAGUUUUUCUUUUACAGUUUUGAGAAAUAAAUAAUUUGAUAUGGUUAAAAAACCACCUCAGCACAACAACUUAUCGAAAAAGCUUUUAAAAUUGGCCUGUUUCAAUUAAGCCAGUUUGUUUUCAGAAUUUCAAUUUGCUCAAUUGCGUGGGUUUUCUCCGGGUACUCCGGUUUCC